AUGCUGUCGACGAAAGCGGCGCCCAGAAAGGCUGUGAGCCUCUCACGGACCGCCGUGAGGGGUCUGGCCACGGUGCAGGAUGGCACUCCUGUCCGCACAUACGGUGGUCUCAAGGACCAGGAUCGUAUUUUCCAGAAUCUCUACGGCCGAUUUCCCGCCGACCUCAAGAGUGCCAAAAAGAUGGGCGACUGGCACAAGACCAAGGAGAUUCUCCUCAAGGGCCACGACUGGAUCAUCAACGAGGUCAAAGCCUCGGGCCUGCGAGGACGCGGCGGUGCCGGCUUUCCCUCGGGUCUCAAAUGGUCAUUCAUGAACUUCAAGGACUGGGACAAGGACACGAAGCCACGAUAUCUCGUCGUCAACGCCGACGAAGGCGAGCCCGGCACGUGCAAGGAUCGUGAGAUCAUGCGCAAGGACCCCCACAAGCUCAUCGAGGGCUGCCUUGUCGCCGGCCGAGCGAUGAACGCUACGGCCGCCUACAUCUACAUCCGUGGCGAGUUCGUUCUCGAAGCCGACGUCCUCCAGAAUGCCAUCAACGAGGCCUACAGCGACGGGCUCAUCGGCAAGAACGCCUGCGGCUCCGGUUACGACUUUGACGUCUUCAUUCACCGAGGAGGCGGCGCUUACGUCUGCGGCGAGGAGACGUCCCUCAUCGAGUCGCUCGAGGGCAAGCCGGGCAAGCCGCGAUUGAAGCCGCCGUUCCCCGCCGCCGUCGGUCUCUUCGGCUGCCCCUCGACCGUCGCCAACGUCGAGACGGUGGCGGUCGCGCCCACCAUUUGCCGUCGCGGCGGCAGCUGGUUCGCCGGCUUUGGCCGUGAGCGGAAUCAGGGCACCAAGCUGUUUUGCAUCUCGGGACACGUCAACAACCCCUGCACGGUCGAGGAGGAAAUGUCGAUCCCAUUGCGCGAGCUGAUCGACAAGCACUGCGGUGGCGUUCGGGGUGGAUGGGACAACCUUCAAGCCGUCAUCCCCGGCGGCUCCUCGACGCCGAUCCUGCCCAAGAGCAUCUGCGACGACCAACUGAUGGAUUUCGACGCUCUCAAGGACAGCCAGUCGGGUCUUGGCACGGCUGCCGUCAUCGUCAUGGACAAGAGCGCCGACGUCGUCCGCGCCAUCGCCCGCCUGAGCCACUUUUACCGCCACGAGAGCUGCGGCCAGUGCACGCCCUGCCGAGAGGGCAGCAAGUGGACCGAGCAGAUCAUGUCACGAUUCGAGAAGGGCCAGGGCCGUGAGCGGGAAAUCGACAUGCUUCAGGAGCUGACGAAGCAGGUGGAGGGACACACCAUCUGCGCCUUGGGAGAAGCGUUUGCUUGGCCUAUUCAAGGCUUGAUCCGCCACUUCCGACCCGAGCUGGAGGCGCGGAUGCAGAAGUUUGCGCAGCAAAACGGCGGACCGGCGUUGGCCGGCGGAUGGGAGAGCAAUUCGAAGGCGCAAGGAAAGUUGAUUUCUCCUGGCCAGUGA